UCCCCCAAUUAGCCUUAAUUUGGCUUAAAUAUAUUUAGUGCUAUUGAACUGAACUGAGAGCAGCUUCUGCUCUGCCUCAAACUGACUUCAACAGUAUAGGCCCAUCAGGAAACGAUUCCUGCUCAAGGGCUCUCUUAUGUUUACACAUACUUACUUUUAUCCAAAGCAACUUGCAUUGCAUUAACAUAGCCUAUGCAUUUCUGGUCAUGCUCAUGCAUUAACUGAGAACAGACUUUGCCCUGAACUGCUGCUGCUCAAAUGCCGUCAAUCCUGAAAAUGCCAGUGCAAUAAUGCAUAUUUUGGUUCCAAACAUUGAAUACAAUUUUCACUUAAAUUAAACUGGAAAGUGUAAUUAUGCAUUUUCACGAUUAACGGAAAUACCGAUUUUAUGUGUCAAACCUAGCUGCCACCCCUCAUUAUGCUCUUGCCACUCCAAUUAUAAAAGACUGAACAGCAUUUGUUGUGAAUUCUGGCAAUCUGAAAAACUGAGAACAGCAUAUUGUGAGCUGCACUUGUAUAAAAUACCACAGAUUUUGUAUUUAUUUAAAUCACAGAUUUUGCCGUUUGAUAACCGCAAUUUCAGUUUUAUCUUGACUGAUCAUUCAGCUCUAGAAUUUAUAGAAAAAGUUAGAUAUUUUAUGCAAAUGUUGUUCCUUUAAGUUGACAGCGCUGGUUCAUCUUCUGAGGGAGAAACUGCCUCUACAUCCAAAGAGCGAUGGACAGCGAUGGACUGUGGAGAAACAUUGAGCCAACACGGUCAUUUAGCAACACAUCAGAGAAAACACACAGAACAGAAAGACUUCAGCUGCAACAUAUGCAACAUCAGUUUUCCUACCUUCAAAGAGAGAACACUUCAUUCAAAAGAGCACAGCGUGAAGAAGGAGUUUCGCUGCGAACAGUGCGGGAAGGAUUUUUUCACCACUCCUUACAAUAUGAAAGCUCAUAUAAAGACACACGAAGAAAAGUCUCUCCAGUGCAACGAAUGUAGCAAGUUUUUCCGCAACCAACGAGAUCUUUCAAGUCAUAAGAGGAUCCACACGGGUGAAAAACCAUACAAGUGCCCUCAAUGCGAGAAGAGCUUCAGCCAGGGAUCACAUCUGAAGAGACAUCUACUCACACACAGCAAUGAGAGACCGCAUCAGUGCAGUGAAUGUGGAAAACAUUUUAGAAGCUCAGCUUCUCUAAAGUUACACCAAAAAAUGCACUCUGAUGACAAACCGUAUCAGUGCCCUCACUGCGAGAAGAGCUUCAAAUAUGGAAGCAGUUUGAAGAACCAUGUAUUAAUGCACACCAAUGAGAGACCGUAUCAGUGCAGUCAAUGUGGGAAAACUUUUACAAACUUGGCUUCUCUAAAGUUACACCAAAAAAUGCAUUCUGAUGACAAACCGUAUAAGUGUUCACACUGUGAGAAACGUUUCUAUCAUUCGACUCACCGGAAAACCCAUGAGCGGACUCACACCGGAGAGAAACCGUACCUGUGCUCCGACUGCGGGAAGAGCUUUGCUAGUUCAUUUGCUUUCAAGAUUCAUCAGAGAGGUCACACAGGAGAAAGACCGUAUCCCUGUAGUGAUUGUGGGAAGAAUUUUUAUAAACUAAGUGACGUAAAAAUACACCAGAGGACUCAUACAGGAGAAAAACCUUUUAAAUGCUCACUUUGUGCCAAGACUUUCGCUAUAUCAAGUUCCCUGAAGAUCCAUGAACGAAUGCAUACAGGAGAGAAACCUUACCGCUGCUCCAUCUGCGGCGAGAGAUUCGCUUUUAAAUGGGGUUUUCAGACGCACAAGAAGAAACACGCUGCCCCACAAUCAUCAUACAUGAAAGCGCAGGUGGAUGUGGUCUGCUGUAAAUCAGUAGGAACUGAUCUGUCCAUGCUGGAUAUUGAGGAUUUCAUCACAGAAAUCUGUCAGCUGAAGAAAGAGGUGGCUUCACUGGAGGCAAAGCUGAGAGAAAGAGGAGACAAACUGAACAGAGAGAAGCUCAGCGUGAAGAAGGAGUUUCACUGCGAACAGUGCGGGAAGGAUUUUUUCACCACUCUUAAUAAUAUGAGAGCUCAUAUAAAGGGACACAGCGAAAAGUCUUUUCAGUGCAACGAAUGUAACAAGUAUUUCCGCAACAAACGAGAUCUUUCAAGUCAUAUGAGAAUUCACACGGGUGAAAAACCAUACAAGUGCCCUCACUGCGAGAAGAGCUUCAGCCAGGGAUCACAUCUGAAGAGACAUCUAUUCACACACAGCAAUGACAGGCCGUAUCAGUGCAGUGAAUGUGGAAAAACUUUUGUAAUCUCAGCUUAUCUAAAGGUACACCAAAAAAUACACUCUGAUGACAAACCAUAUCAGUGCCCUCACUGCGAGAAGAGCUUCAAACAUGGAAUCAGUCUGAAGAACCAUCUAUUAAUGCACACCAAUGAGAGACCGUAUCAGUGCAGUCAAUGUGGGAAAACUUUUACAAACUCAGCUUCUCUAAACUCACACCAAAGAAUACACUUUGACAAACGGUACCAGUGUUUACACUGUGAGAAACGUUUCUAUCAUUCGACUCACCGGAAAACCCAUGAGAGGAUUCACACCGGAGAGAAACCGUACCUGUGCUCCGACUGCGGGAAGAGCUUUGCUAGUUCAUUUGCUUUCAAGAUUCAUCAGAGAGGUCACACAGGAGAAAGACCGUAUCCCUGUAGUGACUGUGGGAAGAGUUUUUAUAAGCUAAGUGGCUUAAAAGUGCACCGGAGGACUCAUACAAGAGAAAAACCUUUUAAAUGCUCACUUUGUGACAAGACUUUUGCUCAAGCUGGUUACCUGAAGAUCCAUGAACUAAUGCAUACUGGAGAGAAACCUUACUGCUGCUCCAUCUGCGGCAUGAGAUUUGCUUUUAAAUGGGGUUUUCAGAUGCACCAGAAGAAACACGCUGCCCCAGAAUCAUCAUAGCUUCAUCAUGUAAUUAUUUUUAGGUUGUGUAAAAAACACCUUGCAGUGUUAGGGGAACA